AUGUCGACUCGUCGCUAUCGCUCUGCCAUUGCCUGCCAGACCUGCCGGGUGCGCAAGGUGCGGUGCAGCCCGCCUUUGGGCACGCCGGAUACCAGGGUCUCAGCUGCGUCGUCGUCGAGUAACCCCAGCACUGCCGACGAGGAGCAGCUCGGCGUCGAAAUGGUGGAAGCGGCUUUGGGCCAUCCGCGAAGAGAGGGCCGGGUUCCGUACUACAUUGGUAAGAGGGGGCCAACUUCGACCAUGCACAUAUGCAGCACUGACCACGUCAUACCAAAGCAUCUCCUCAUGCCGGCAGCAAAGCAGACGAUCCUGACCGACGAUGAAAAGGCCUUUCUCCGCAGUAAAGGUGUCUAUUCGUUCCUGUCAGAAGCGUCUGCCGACAGCCUGAUUCGGGCGUAUUUCCACCAUGUCCACCCCAUUAUGCCCAUUCUGGAGGCCGACAAGCUGCUGGAGUAUCACCGCUUGAAGAGGCUGAAUGAGUAUAAUCUUAUACUGCUAUGGGGCCUUUAUACCAUUGCGAGCAAUUACAUGCCCGCAGAGGUAUAUGAAAACGAAGGCUUUGCAUCCCGAAAAGCCUUUCGAGCCGAAAUGUUUUCUCGUGCCGUUUGUGCAUAUCACAAUACUGGUGAAAAGAAUAAUCUCAUCCUCCUCCAAGGAGCCCUUCUUCUCGGCUUCUGGAACUCAGACAUAGAAGACCACAUGCAGCCAUGGCAGUGGAGCGGCAAGGCCAUCAACCUAUGUCAGAUCCUCGGCCUCCACCGCGACAUUGACUCGGUCGGCUACAACUCAUCCAUCACCGAGCAGCAGCGCUCCCUAUUUCGUAGGCUCUGGUGGACGUGCUUCUGGCGAGACCGCUGGCUGUCCGUUUCUCUUGGGAGGCCGCUGCGCAUCAACCUCGACGAGUCUGACACGUCGGAUCCUCUAGUCUCUGAUAUUGCCAUUGACCUGGAGGGGGUUCCGGAGUCUAUCACGUCAGCCUAUUUGCCGAGGGAUCUCCCCCGGCUGGCUGAGUACUGGAUACAGCUCAUACGAAUGACCAAGUUGCUGGGCAAGACUCUCACCACAUGCUAUCAGCUUCGACGACCGAAGCCGACAAUCAGCCAGAUUGAUGCUCUUGAGGCAGAGCUGAUGCGCUUGAACAUGCCAGACCACCCAGAUCCGAUGCUAGCCUUACUGGUCACAUUCUAUCGACCCUGUAGCGUAGAGGCUCCUUCGGAUCUCCCCACCUAUCGCCAGAGAGAAUGGCAGCAGGAGAUGCAGGGAAAAGCAAUGUCCGCCGCCUCCAAGACAUGCAACAUUGUCUACGCUCUGGCCCAGGGCAACUUCUUUUCCUAUGCCGGGCCAAUGACCCCAACGCUUCUCGUCCCUGCAAUGCAAGUCUACCUCCUCAACUGCAAGUUUGGCGACGCCCUCUCGCGCCGCCUCGGCCUCAACAUGCUCAACAUGUGCAUGAUGAUUCUAGAGGAGCUCCAAAAGACAUACUCGGUUGCUUCUGUGUGCCGGGGCAUCUUUGGCAAAGCCAUACAACAGCUCUUCCCCGAC